ACAGUCUAGACAAGUCCAAUAUGCAUAUGUAAUUCUGACUCUUAAACAAUUUCUAUCUCAGAAUGAAGACCAUUCUCAGCAACCAGACUGUUGACAUCCCUGACAAGGUUGAUAUCCUCCUCAAGGGCCGCACAGUAACUGUGAAGGGGCCCAGGGGUGUCCUGCGCAAGAACUUUAACCACAUCAAUGUAGAGCUUUGCCUUCUGGGCAGGAAGAAGAGAAGGCUCCGUGUAGACAAAUGGUGGGGUAACAGAAAGGAGCUUGCCACAGUGCGCACAAUCUGCAGCCAUGUGCAAAACAUGGUCAAGGGUGUCACACUGGGUUUCCGAUACAAAAUGAGGUCGGUGUAUGCUCACUUCCCCAUCAACGUAGUUCUUCAGGAAAACGGCGCUCUUGUGGAAAUCAGAAACUUUUUGGGUGAAAAGUACAUCCGCAGAGUGCGCAUGAGAGACGGAGUGACUUGCUCCCUGUCUCAAGCCCAGAAGGAUGAACUGAUUCUUGAAGGAAAUGACAUUGAACUUGUAUCCAACUCAGCUGCUUUGAUCCAGCAAGCCACCACAGUCAAAAACAAGGAUAUCAGAAAGUUCUUGGAUGGUAUCUACGUUUCAGAGAAGGGAACUGUACAGCAGUCCGAUGAGUAAAAUAGUUUUCAGAUAUCUGAAUCCUGUGUCCCUUCGAUCAAUAAAAUAACUUUAUCUAAA